GUGGAGCCCUGUGGACACCAUGUCACAUACAAGCAUGGAUCCAACCAAGAUGGGCAUCGGCCGGUCUAUAGCCGUGCUGACGUCUGGUGGUGAUGCCCAAGGUAUGAACGCGGCCGUGAGGGCCACAGUCAGAGUUGGUAUCUACACCGGAGCCAAGGUCUACUUUGUUCAUGAGGGUUACCAGGGUCUGGUGGACGGAGGAGACAACAUCAAACUGGCCACCUGGGAGAGUGUGUCCAUGAUGCUGCAACUGGGUGGCACGGUCAUCGGCAGUGCCCGCUGCAUGGACUUCAGAGCCAGGGAGGGCCGCAUGAAGGCUGCCCUGAACCUGGUCAAGCUGGGCAUCACCAACCUGUGUGUGAUUGGGGGUGACGGUAGCUUGACCGGAGCUAACCAGUUCAGGAAGGAGUGGGCCACUCUGCUGGUCGACCUGGUCAAAGCCGGUAAAAUUACAGAUGACGAGGCCCGGAAAUCGUCCCACCUGAACAUCGUAGGCAUGGUGGGUUCUAUCGACAAUGACUUCUGUGGGACAGACAUGACCAUCGGGACUGACUCUGCUCUGCACCGCAUCAUAGAGGUGGUGGAUGCCAUCACCACUACCGCACAGAGUCACCAGAGGACCUUCAUCCUGGAGGUGAUGGGUAGACACUGUGGCUACCUGGCCCUAGUGACUGCUCUAGCCUGCGGUGCUGACUGGGUGUUCAUCCCAGAGAUGCCCCCAGAUGAGGGAUGGCAGGGGCAUCUGUGCAGGAGACUGGCUGAUCAAAGAGCCAGAGGAUCUCGUCUCAAUGUGAUUAUUGUGGCUGAGGGAGCUAUGGACCGAGAUGGAAACCCCAUUAGCUCUGAAGACAUCAAGAAGCUGGUGGAGAAGAAUUUGGGCUUUGACACCCGUACCACUGUCCUGGGACACGUGCAGAGAGGCGGCACUCCCUCAGCCUUCGACAGAAUCCUGGGCAGCAGGAUGGGUGUGGAGGCUGUGAUGGCCCUGUUAGAGGCCACUCCAGAGACCCCGGCCUGUGUGGUCAGUCUGUCCGGUAACCAGGCCGUCAGGCUGCCCCUCAUGGAGUGUGUCCAAGUGGUCAAGGAUGUGACUACUGCCAUGGCUGAGAAGAGAUGGGAGGAUGCUAUCAAGCUCAGAGGAAAGAGCUUUGAAAACAACUGGAACACAUACAAGAUGCUGGCCCACAUCAACCCUCCAGAUACCAAGAGCAACAUUAACGUGGCUAUAGUAAACAUUGGUGCUCCAUGUGCUGGUAUGAAUGCUGCUGUGCGUUCUGCAGUGAGGAUCGGCAUCAUUCAGGGACACAACAUGUUGGCCGUUCAUGACGGGUUCGAGGGUCUCGCUCAAGGAAAGAUCGAGCCUAUCACCUGGACUGGAGUGUCAGGCUGGACUGGAAAGGGGGGCUCUGAGUUGGGCACCAAGAGAGUCCUUCCUUCUGAGUACAUUGAGGAAAUCAGCUUGACUAUCGCUAAGUUCAAUAUCCACUCUCUGGUGAUUAUUGGAGGGUUCGAGGCGUAUAUGGGUGGUCUGGAGCUGGUGCAGGGCAGAGAUAAGUAUGAAGAGCUGUGCAUUCCCAUGGUGGUCAUCCCCGCCACUGUCUCCAACAACGUCCCCGGCUCAGACUUCAGUAUCGGAGCUGACACAGCCCUCAACACCAUCACCUCGACCUGUGACAGGAUCAAGCAGUCAGCAGCAGGCACCAAGCGUCGUGUGUUCAUCGUUGAGACCGCAGGAGGGUACUGUGGUUACCUGGCUACCAUGGCAGGUCUGGCUGCUGGGGCUGAUGCUGCAUACAUCUAUGAGGACAAAUUUGGUAUUAGGGACCUGGAGAUGAAUGUAGAGCAUCUCGUGCAGAAGAUGAAGACAGACGUGAAGAGAGGUUUGAUUCUCAGGAAUGAGAACUGCAAUGCAAACUACACCACCGACUUUAUCUUCGCCCUCUACUCUGAGGAGGGCAAGGGCAUCUUUGACUGCCGCAAGAACGUUCUGGGACACAUGCAACAGGGCGGCACCCCAACACCUUUCGACAGGAACUUUGGCACCAAGAUGGGUUCCAAGGCUGUUUUGUGGAUAACAGAGAAACUCAAGGAGGUCUAUAGACACGGCCGUAUCUUCGCUAACACCCCAGACUCUGCCUGUGUGCUGGGCAUGAAGAAGAGAGCACUGACCUUCCAGCCUCUUGCUGAGCUGAAGGAACAGACAGACUUUGUGCACCGCAUCCCCAAAACAUCGUGGUGGCUGAAACUGAGGCCAAUCAUGAAGAUCCUUGCUAAAUACAACAUCAGCCUGGACACAUCUGAGCAUGCCCACAUGGAGCAUGUUAUCAAUAAGAGGGUGUCGAUGCCCGCGCCACUGAUGAAGAAGGCAUCUCCUCCCACGAAACACGAGGAGGAAGAGUAAUUGUACUAAGUUACAUGUAUGUCAGUGGAGGGCUGGUGGGAGGAGCUAUAGGAGGAUGGGCUCAUUGUAAUGACUGGAAUGGAAUUAAUGGAACAGUAUCAAACACAAAUAUAUGGAAACCACAUGUUUGACUCCAUUCCCUUUUUUCUAUUCCAGCCACUAKAAUGAGCAGUCCUCCUAUAGCUCCUCCCACCAGCCGCCUCUGAUGUAUGUCUAUAUCAGGGUUCUCCAACAGGUCAAUUGGAGCAGCCCACCAAAUAGUAAUAAAAAAUACAUGCACUUCCCAAAUUGUUUAAA